AUGGCUUCUGGAUUUUCAGCUAUUCCACGAAAGGAGGGUACAUGGACGAAGCUUGUGAUAUUUGUUGCGCUAUACUUGCUACUCCUCGAGUCUAUCUUGGAAUGUGUGAUCGUGUUCUACCUUUACGGCAAUAGCCAGGUUGAUUCAAAGAUGACUCCAAGUGUUGUACUUGCACUUGUUGCAUCUUUCCUCUCGCUGCCACUUGUCGGCCUCCAAAGCCUGGUCGCUUGGCAGUACAACAAUAUCGGUGGAUUUGGAACCCAGAAAACCAUUCUGCAUAACAUCUGCACGUAUGUCCUGCGCUUGGAUCUCAUGCUUUGGCUAGCUACAAGUGUAGCCGGUCUAGUGGUUGCUGCACAGCAGGUUUAUUGUCUCCCAGAAGGGACAGAUGCAGAUAUCUGGAGAGUUGGUACAAGCUGUGCCUUCCACCGAGCGUCUGUGAUCGUGGCAGUUAUCUCAAUGGUUACCGUGUGCUCUAUGUACUGUGCAAGGGAGCUUUGCGAUAGACCAUAUGAUGUAUCCCUUCUCGGUAUCUACAGGCGCCAAACAGUCCUCAAAAAUGGCAGCAUCGUUUCAGGUAAUAGCUGGGAUAGCGAGGAAACACUUAAGAACGAGAUUCUCUAUCUUUGCCGCCAACACGAUGGAAAUGGAGCCGGCGAGUUCUGGUCUGUGGACCCAAUUGCCAACAAAGUCAACUGUCAUCCCAGCAUCCGCCAUCCUGCCCCUGUCCGUCUACGACCUCAACUCCGAGUUAACACUGAUCCUGGUUCGACUUACGGAGAGAUUAUGUCUGGAACGACGAUUUCGCCAGAUACUGCACAUCGUAUCUCACCUGGAUCACAAAGCCUGGCUAGCGAAUUCUAUCCUCUCUCGAGCACAUCUACUGUCAUGAGUCCACAAACAGCCAACGAGUUACGUGCUCUUCUCUCUAAUGCGCCUGCUCCAAAAGUCCCGGCCAUCCCUCAGGAGUCCACCAGCCACAAGAGAGCAAAGUCAUCACUCUCUUCUCUUAGACGACUUCUUCCAAAGUCUUUUCCAUUGUCACUUCCACUGUCAUCGGAUCCUCAAAUUCAGGCCCUCGCGGACUCCAACACCGCAUCUGAUGUCGAAAAGCAGAUCGUGACACCAAACAGCAUGUCCACGGGAAUCUCGCAAUCCACAACUUUCCAACUCAUCGCAAACGGCAACACCCCAAACGCCUCUUCAGCAUCUCUCCCCCAAAGCCCUGUCAACACCGAACCCAAACCCAAACCAGCACACCCCGAAGGUCACACCCGAACAAUGACUAUGAACUCCGCCGACGCGCCAGAAGUAGUCCCGACAGCUCCAACCUCCCCACCAAAAGUGUGCCGCUCCCAAACCACCUACACCAUGCCUGCAGAACGCUCAAUCCACCACCCACACCAUCCAAACUUUGUUCCACGCCCUCCCCCGCCACCACAACCACGAGCAUACUCCCAGUCCCACCGCCAAACAUCCCGUCCAAGAAUGCACCAGAACCCAAUGCGAAAGAACACGGAACCCAGACAGAACGUCAUCCACCACCCAGUCCGCAGCUCCUCCUAUCACUUUGAUUCAAAUCACGUCCCGCGUCACUCGCACAGCCAGUACAGCCUACACUCAAACGCCCACCGUAGGAACAGCCAGUAUGGACACCGAUCAUCCCGCUGGGCAAAUCAGCGCCGUUACAGCUCAGUACGAUCCAUGCCAGCGCCGAUUCCCCGUCGCAACGAUGUCGAAGUAAUCUACCCUAGCACGCGUCGUCCACGCAGCGGCACUCCUGCCAGCGCGAGUGGUCCGCUUAGCUGCAUCUUGGAGGCGAGUGACCUGUAUACGGUGGAUGAUUUCAGGCCCAUCUCGGCUGCUUACUCGGAGUUGCCAUCGAAUUCUAUUGAUCAAACAAAAUAUCGUGGUGUGAAUCGGACGAGUUUGAGCAUUCAUUGA